AUGACAGCAUCUUAUCCAACGGACGCUGAAAAAUAUGUGCUUCGUUCGGCGGAACAACUCAUGGAAAAGACCAUGAGCAGGUAUGAUCCCUCUCACGACGCGUAUCAUGUGCAGCGUGUCCGCCGAACAGCUCUUGCAAUUGCCAAUUCCUUGGAUCCCAAACCAGAUCUUCUCGUUGUUGAACUCGCUGCAUUACUCCAUGACGUUCCCGACAAGAAAUACGUUGCUCCAGAACUCACAGCCGACCCGUUGGCAUUCUUCAUGCCAUUUUUCACAAGUGUUCAAACCCAUGUUGAUUUGAUCUCGAGUGGACGGGCUAAAUUAAUAACGAAGAUAGUUGAAAACGUAUCGUGGACUACCGAGAAAAGGCUUCGCGAAUCAGGAGCAAUCACUGAAUGGCACGAAUCUUGCAUUGAGCUGCAUUGUGUACAGGAUGCUGACAGACUGGAUGCUAUUGGGGCUUUUGGCGUUAUGAGAUGUUCGGCAUUCAGCAGCGCGACAAACCGUCCAUUGCAUGUCCCCGAAGAAGACCCGCGUUACGAAGAAUCUGCCGUUGCCCACUUUCAUGACAAAUUGUUAAAGAUCAAGGAACGUCUUAGGACGGGACCGGGAAAGAAAAUGGGACAAGAACGUCACGAUUUCAUGAUGACAUUCCUCGCUGCUCUGGAUAGAGAAUAUAUUACUCUUGCGUAA